AUGAAUCAUGAUGCACUCAUACUUGGAAAUAAGGAUACUAUUUUCAAAUUUGAUUUGGAAAAGUUAAUCCAAGCAUCGAUGGAUCAAACCAACUGUGAUCCCAUUUGGAGUACAUUCACUCGUGCUAACCCUCUAGGAAUUGCAAUUUUGAGACAAGAACGAGCUCUGCAACCAAAUAUCAUAUUCAUGGUGUUGUGCUUGGAAGAGGGAAAUUAUUUGACUUUAUUUAAUUCAGAGACUGGCAAAAUCUUAAAAGAAAAAUGUAUUACGGACAUGGUUCAUAAACCAUGUGGAGUUGCUUUUACUGAUGAGAAUGAUUUGAUUGUUACAGAGACAUCCUAUGGUAGAGACAAAAUAGUCAUACUAAGCAUAUGUGGAUCUAUUGAAGAAUGGAAAGUAAAGACAGUGAUUGGGAAAAGCGGAGAUCAAGAUGGAGAGUUCAAAUGUCCUGUCUCUGUUGUCUAUGACAGAGCUUCGAGGAAUAUCAUUGUGAGUGACAUGUUUAGGAUUCAAGUCUUUACCAAAGAUGGUGUAUUUGUGAAAUCAUUCAAUGAUGACCUUAAAAACAUGGAGAGUGAACUAUGCUUACCAACAGGCAUGUGUCUUAAUGAAUUAACAGGCGAGUUAUUUGUCUGUGAACAUGGCAACAAUGCAGUUCAUAUUUUUGUGUGA